GAAGCAAAGUCUUCACAAAUUUCUAAAGCUUGCCCAAAGUAUUAUUUUUGCGCCCCUCUCUCUCUCUCUCUCUCUCUCUCUUCCAAACACUUGAAGAAAGGCUUCAUUUCAAUUCAACCAAACUAGAGAUUAUUCAAUUCCCAUGGCAAAUCUCACACCCAACAAAGAACCCAAUUCAUUUUCCUUUUCCGAUUUCCCUGAAGAUGUUCAGCUCUGCAUCCUCUCUUUCCUCUCUCCCUCGGAGCUCUCCUCCUUCGCUUCCACUUCAAAGCCUUUCGUCUCUCUCUGCCGUAACGACGCCAAGCUCUGGUUCGCUCUCUGCGACCGUCGAUGGGGCUCCAAGACCCAGAUCAGAAAAUGGGGCAAUGGCAAAAUCACCUACAAACAGCUCUACAAAGCCCUCAACGAGUUCGAAAACCUGAUCGGUUUCUGGCACCGGAGCGGCCACCGCAAGAUCGCCGGACUCAAUUCGCCGCCGCCGCCUCUCGCGUUCUUCGAGUGGGGCUCAUCUUUCAUCACUGGCUCUAGGGUUUCGCCUUCGAAAUCCGCCACGUAUGGGGUCGUAAGGGCUCCAUUUUUGUGGAUUAGUAUAAUGCCCAAUGGUGCACCGGUAAGUUUUCUGGAUCCCGAGUGUCGAUUCGAAUUGUUCGAUGAUUUGGUUAAAUCUGGUGAAUUGGGUUUGCUUGAGAAUGAAUUGGUACCAGUUAAUGUUAGUUUUAUGGGUAAGAAUCAUGUGGUUGUGGAGGAAAAUUUGAGCUUUGCUUAUUCGAAUUCGAAUUCGAAUUCGCUGGAGGGAAGGCAAAUUGGGAUUAGUAGUGUUUCGAGUUCGGGAAAUUUGAGGGGAGAUGAGUAUGGGGUGGUGGAGGAUCUGAUCGGGGCCAAGAGUGGGUCCCCGGGAAGCUUGUUGAUGUCUGAGAUUUAUCAGUACUUCGCCAAUCGGACAAGUCCCGGUGGGGAUAGGGCAUCGAGGAAGCAGAGGAAACGAGAGAAGGGGAGGCAAGGAAGGAAAAAAUUGGAGCCAGAGCAUUUUGUGAAGAUUGAUAAUUGCUCGCCAACACCAUCAAGACCUUUGCAGGGUUUAUGGAAGGGUAUUUGCGAUGACAUGAACUUGGAUUUUUAUCUUGUGACAUAUGAUGAUAUUGGGGGCAUUGCCUGCCGAAGGGUUGGAGACUCGUCUCAGCCAUUCUCUGAUUAUUCCCCAGUCUUUUGGACAUCAAACACUACGUUCAUUGAGUCUCCAUUUUGUCCAGAAGAAGAAUACAUAUAUGAUAGUCGCAUGCAUCUUCGACCACUAGCAUCAGCUGAUCCUGUCCAUGGGCAAUCGUCUUGGAUGGAAAAUGAAGUGGUUUCUCGCAUUCUUGAUAUCAAUUCAAGUUAUGAUCUUGUAAUUCCAAACCUGGCGGGAGCUUCAGCAAAUCCCCAGCAAGUGGAGGGAAGAAUAUGGCAGUAUAGGGAUGGGACAUUUGGAUUUGGGUUUCUACGGAACAAUUACAUUAUAGACCUGAAACAUAUUGCUCAGAAUGGUUGUAUUCUUGAUAUAAUGGAGCUUUGUAGUGAUUGAUAUCCUUAGGAUCAUCUAUGUACAAAACUUGCUGUAUCUGGAUACCACUUAUGCACUGUUGCACCUUGUAACAUAUUUAUCGUGGAAAUAAUAAUAUCAUUUCUUUCAAUUAA